CUUGUUCUGAAAGACUCAGCUUAUGGGAGUAAAUCGAAUGGAGGGCAGUUAAAUGUUCUCUCACCUGCAGUAGAGCGUAUCAGCACUGCAAGACCUUUGGAGUCUCAGUCCUGCCGGGUACUAGAGCAGAGUCAGUGUGUGCUGCUAUAGCACCGUGUCUCAGGAUGAAGGGCUGCUCAGUGGCUAAUAUCAGGACAGCGGCUGGAAUUGGUCUAUUUCUGGGGGUAUGCAUUGCCAUUGCUGCCUUGUGUUUAACUCUUGGACGGACCCCUAGCAAAGAUGCCAGCCCAUCAUUCAGUAGUGGGGGAGAUAUGUUGGAAUAUUUGAUGUACCAAGGGGAAAUCAGAUCAAAGGAUGGGUUGUUGGCUACCUGGUACCAUGCAGCUAACGGAAAGAGUGAGAUGGAGGAAGCCCUAAAGAGUGAUAUAAUGAUUUUAGAAGCAGAUGUCAAUGUGGAGGGACAUUUAACUCCAAAUGAAACAAACCUCCCUAUUAUGGCUCAUCCUCCUGCUGUCUAUAGUGAUAACACUCUACAAAACUGGCUGAAUUCUGUUCUUAAGUCAACAAAAGGCAUCAAGCUGGAUUUCAAAAGCAUCCAGGCUGUUGGCCCAUCCCUUGAUAUACUGUUUGCAAAGUCCUCUGAGGUGAAAAUAAAUCGGCCAGUCUGGUUAAAUGCAGACAUUUUGAAAGGACCCAACGUCAACCAUGAAGUUGGUGUCAAUGCAAGUCAGUUUCUGAAUUUAGUGCAAACCAAGUUUCCAGAUGUCACAAUAUCGCCUGGUUGGGUCACACUGUAUCUGCCACCCCUUAUUUCUAACAGAACUUAUACCAGAGAAAUGAUCCAACAGAUGUACAACCUGGUGAGGGACCUGCCCCAAAAGAUUACCUUCCCAGCUCGGGCAGUGUUGACCCGCUCAGCAUGGCCUCACUUCUACUGGCUCCUGCAGCAGUCUGACCGAUACAGCAUUACUCUAUGGCAAGGCCAAUCAGAUCCACUCACUCUGGAAGACCUUUUGUUUAUCCGGGACAGCAGCAAUCCCCAGGAGAUUUAUUAUGAUAUUUUUGAGCCACUGUUAACAGAGUUCAAGCAAGUAGCAUUGAAUCCAAACAGAAACCGUCUAUUUUACCCCGGGGGAAGCAUACAGCUCUAUUUUCAGCCUGAAGAUUCUGAUGGGCUUCUGGUUAAUUGGUAUGAAGCAGAUAUCUCAUUUAAAAGGGAAUUUUUCAGCAACAACUCUGGAAUGAUUACCCUUAAUAUCAGAGUGCAAGAUUCCAGCUCUUCCCCACAAGUGGCCUUCCCCAAAUCACCAACCCAAUUCCCACUGGAAAAUUACAUGAAUGUCAUAUUGGCCAGUCCCAAUCCAUGGGGAGUCUUCCUUAAAAUAGAGGAUCAAGAUGCUCUGAACAAAACACUCAAGGUUCUGAGUAAGAUUUAUGACCGUAAAGGACUGAAUGUUCCUGUGUGGAUAAGCAUGGAAGUGUCUUAUGGAAAGUUCAGCAUGGAAGGAUACAUUCAGGGAAAAGACUUUCUGAACACUAUUAAUGAUAUAUUUCCAUAUGUUACAAUUGCCCCGAGCUGGCCUGUGCCAGUGCUGGGUUUGGGAUAUACCGAGCUGCUGGUACAAGACAUGCUCAUGCUUUGUGAGGGACUCUGGCAGGAAGUUUCCUUCCAGCUAAAUGCUGUAGCCUUGGGAAAAGAAUCGCUGAGUGCAGUGAAACUCCUGCAGGCUUCUCCUAUGUACUCACUCACCAUAGAACACAACUCAGAACAAGGGAUUUUCCAUGAUGGGUAUCCAGGACUUAUGGCCAUAAGAUCGCAAGCAGAAGAUAGAAUUUAUUACAGAUUACAGCAAGAUUAUCGAAACAUGUUCUUGGCAAGUAUUUUUACUUCAUAAAGUUACCAGAGUAUGACUUUACACAGGUAGGGGAUCUGUUAUCUGAAAUGCUUAGGGCCUGGGGCUUUUUGGAUAUUUGGAUCACUGUAUCUUAAGGCUACAAAAAAAAACAAAAAACACAUCUGAAAAACCCAAUAGGAAUGUUUUGCCACAAAUGUGUAUUUAUGCAGCUUAGUUACCAUUAAGUACCAGGUACUGUUUUAUAAUUACAGAGGAAAUGGAAAUCAUUAAAAUAAGAAAAAAAGAAUUGUUUGUUGUUUUUAACACAUUUCAAUAUAUUUCCAGUGGUUUAUCAGUAAUCUUGUCACUUAAAAGUCCAAUAAGCACUAAAUGUUCCAACAAAAAAACAACAGAACAGUACUGGCUGUCAUAAAACUGUGGCUGUAAGAUGCCACAGACAGUCACUAUUUAGUGGGGUGGUGGGGGGCUGUUUGUGCCUCUGUGUAUUUGAAACAGCGGGGCCUAUUUUGCAUCCCAGUCCGGACCAGUUCCUGUCAGGAAAGUUUUAAUGAAACUGACUUUUUUUUAAAGUAACCCCAAAAAAUGAAAGUGUAUAAAGGUAAUUACAAUAUAAGGUACUGUUCCACCAGGUGCAGGGGGUUGUGUGUGUCUACAUACAUAAAAUUCCCUAUAUAUUACUAUAUAUUAUACUCUACAUGUAGUAGUGUGCUACUAUAAAGGGUCUACUUCUACUCAUGGUACCUCCAGUGGUGCCAUAAAAAGAAUGGCAGUGCUUUCAGCCAAGCUUUUUAACAGCAAUAGUUUUUUUUAACAUUAUUAAAUAAAGAGCACAACAUAUAUCAAAUGCCCAUCAACCAUUUAUUUCAAUCCCAUUAACCAUUCAUACUGUAUGAAGCAGGAUCUAAUAUGCACACCAGUAAAAUAUAUCAUGUCAUGUUUUACUAUCUAUACAUUUAUUUCUAUUCUGUUUGCUAUUGGGUCUUUUAAUCAGUUGUCUAAAAAAAAGCUCACUAGUGUAAAAAAGCAUAAUGUUCACAAAUGCAGGGAACAUUACAUGUAACAUUUUUAUUUCCUGGUAUUAACUGUGGUGAAUUUACCAACACUGGGUAGAUUUCCCCAGAAAUUAGCUUUGAUCUGUCUCUGGUCUGUGAUUGGCUGCUAUGGUUUACUGCACUGGGACAAUUUGCUGAGUGUGAUAUAGCAGCCAGCUCAGAGGACUGUGGGUGUGUUAUGCCGGUAGUGUUAGACUGAAUAUUAUAUACACACACAAGUUUUGAAACCGCAUCCAGUCCAGCUGGGUGUGAAGGGAAGAACACUAGAAACCUGUGAUUGCAUUAAAUGAAAGCAAUAUGUAACCAGCAAGGUUAAAGACUGUCAACCCAGCAGCUAAAUGCAAGACAGCCUAUAAGUCUGUAAUGUGAGAAAUCUUUGUGCAGAGAAGUGGGGUUUAUUUCCCAAUAAGAAGGUAAGUUUUACAUUAAGGGUUGGUUUGAGGGUAGGACACAGAGAGUAUUUGCCCUGGGACACUACAAUCAAAGGUUAUCAGAGUUUAAUUUCAACAGCAGCUGAAAGAUUGCAGGUUGGACAUCCCUUAUUUAUGUGAUUCCCCUUUUCUGGGCAGGGGGUGCUACCUUCAGCCCUGUUUACAAUUGUAAUUUUCUGGAAGCACACAAUUUUCAAUUAAAAGCAUAAUUUCCACAGGUUUUCAGCAUCAUGGCGGCCAUUUUGAAAAACAAUCCAUUUAGACAAGGAAAAACCUGAUUCUGUAGAUUAUUUUAAAUAAAAGUUUUUUAACAUUGGUUUCAUUAACAUUUCAUGGACCAGGGAUAAUAUUGUUGCCUCUGGUUGGAACAUUUAAGUGUGCAACUGGUUACCUGAACUCCAGAGUGCUUACUCAGCUUAUUGCUGCAGCCUUGAAUGCCAGCAUGUAUUAGGUGCUUGUAUAUCAUAAAACCAAGGCUGUAUUGUCGGAGUCGAGGAGUCGGAGGCAAUUUUGGGUACCUGGAGUUGGA